AUGGAGGAGCGGCAAGCCUGGCAGCCGUCGUUUUUUUGCCUGCUGUUCUCAUGGGCCCUGUAUUACCAUUUCUCCACCACUGAAAUGCCUCCCGGGAUUUGCCAGCCUCUGAAGAUCAGGAUCCUCCACAUUUUGGGCAUCAUGACUUAUUCUCUGGGCAACAUUUUGUGGAAAAUGGGUCUCUGCAGUCAGUUUGCCGUCCUGCGGCUCCUUGUAGAUGGAUUCCCGUCAAAGCGAGACCCGAGGGUCUCCAUCAAGAACGCAUACUUUGACGAUGUGCCGGUGCGGAUCUACCGACCGAAAAUCCCCUCUCCCGAAAAAAGGAAAGGAGUCCUCUUAUUUCAUGGCGGAGGUGGCACAUUUGGAAGUAUCGAUGCCUACGAAAGGGUGUGCUCUUAUAUAGUCCGAGAAAGCGAUGUGGUGGUUGUGUCCAUUGGGUAUCGCCUGGCUCCUGAAUACCUCUUUCCCAUGCAAUUUGAGGACUGCACCACUGCCACCAAAUACUUCAUGAGGAACGCAGAAGACUAUGGGGUCGAUCCUGCUCUUAUUGUGCUCAGCGGCGACUCCAUUGGAGGAACCAUCACGGCGUCCAUAGCCCAAGAACUGACCAAGAGAAAGGACCUACCCAAACCACGCGCUCAGAUCUUGGUUGGCCCUUUCCUCCAGGGCCUGGAUUUCAAUUUGCUUUCUUACCAACAAAACCGCUACGUCCCCUUUGUCUCCCAGAGAGACUUCCUACAGAUGCUGUUUCUGUACAUCACCAAAAACUUGACGGCACUGGACUUUGCCUUGGCGGAAACGCACAUCCCCGAGGACAGGAGAAAGAAGUAUCACAAAUGGCUAAACGCGGACUAUGUUCCCAAAGAACUGAAAAUGAGAGGCAACUAUCAAGAAUUUCAGAUAUCCACUUGUCCUAUGGACAAUAUCCACUGCUUAAUGGAAGUUAUAGCAGGAACAACUAUAUCUCCCCUUACAGCCGAAGAUGCCAUCAUUCAGCAGCUUCCGGACACUUUCAUUUUAACCUGCGAAUACGACGUGUUGAGAGACGAUGGCCUUUUGUACAAGAAAAGGUUGGAGGACAACGGGGUCAAAGUCUCCUGGUGCCACCUCAAAGAUGGCUUCCACGGAGUUCUCCUUCUUUUCAAUCGCUUGUUUCUAAAUUUUGCUUUCAGCCAACGAGGAAUCGACAGCAUAGUCAGUUACAUCAAGAGCUUAUAG